GUGCCGUGGCUCAGAUGGCCACCACGCUCGAUAUCGAGGGCUCCGAGCGCAAGGUCACCUUGCUGGCCGGGGCGGCACGUGUGUAUGAGAUGGACCGGAGCUCCGAAGCCAUGGAUGUCACAACAUUCGUGCCGAACUGCGGCUUCUACCAAGAUCUUCCCUGCGACUGCGACCACGUACUGCUGAGUCCCUCUGCCGGGGGCUUCUGGCCGGGUUUCGAUCACCUGUGGCACCUGCCCUCGAUCCAAAGGCUUCUGACGGUGCAGAUGGUCUACCACCGCUUCGAAGACAUCGUGAAGCCGGUGGGCAAGAGACACUGGCAUGCCUCUGCUCUGGGCAAUUUCAAGAAUUCCUUGGACGUGUCGUAUCUCCUGGCCGGCAUUUUCUCCAUCCACCACUUCGAGGCUUGUUACGAAAACCCUGGCUGCCUACUCACGCAGGGCCUCGCCGUGAUGCUGGAGUGGCUACUCACAUUGAUCCUCACUGCCUGUUUCCGGAACAUGCGGGUCGAGGGGCUACAUACCUACCUGCAGAGCUUGGAAGAUACGACGAAAGUCGUCCCUUGGCAGGGGGCUCCCUUCCCUCUGCUGCUCAAAAAUGCUUAUUGGUCAGAGACGUUCGUGUACGUGACACGGCAGCUGGAAAGCUUGACGGUCAAGAAGGAAGACUUCUCAGCGAGGCAUCUCGUUGGGGGCACGGCGCCAGACGGCGAGGAGGGCUUCAGGCGGUCCAUGGCGAACAUGGGCGUCGACCUGGAGAAG